ACCCGAUCCGCAUCGCCAUUUCAAGUCGUUGUCGCCCGAUUCUUCGGAUAGUGCGAAAGUGCUAGGAAGCAAAGUUCCUUAAACUCUAAAGUUUCUUCGUUGAAAAAAAAAGUUCAUUGCUUCGCAAAGAUGAAGAUUUCAACAUCUGCUGUGCUCAUGUUGCUGGUGGCUGGCAUUAUCAACGUGGAAGCUGGUCCGGUGGCGGCUGGCAUUUGCUACGCUGGAUGUGGAGCCUUGGUGACCGCCUGCUUCGCCGCGGCAGGCUUUACCUUCGGCACCGUACCCGGAGCGCAAAUUGCGGCCGUCCCAGCCCUGGUGGGAUGCAAUACUGCAUUUGCCACCUGCGAAGCUGCCUGCAUGGCAGCAUUGUUCACGCCUACACCGUAAGCCAAGAAUCCGAGGGGAAUAUCAUCUAAACAUCGCACCGAUUCUGCUUGACCUCUACGUACUACGCAGUAAAUGUCGCGUUUCAUAUGUGUUAAUCGAACGCAUAUGUAGCAAGCAAAAUGAAUUUUGUGAAGAUGUCAAAGAUGUGUUACUUGUAGAUUUGUUGUUUGUCCUACGCAUAUUAGUAUAUGUAUAAUUAUGUAAUACACAUGGAUAUAACAAUCACUCAAACGUAGAUUUCGCGAGAACAAUUUGCUUUUAAAAGAUACUAAAAAUGUUGUGUUACUUGUAGAUUUUUUUUCUAACGCAUACAAAUAAAUUUGUGUU